GCUCCCCACGUUAGGAUCUCUGUCCUUAAUGUGUUCUACUAUGAAACUUAAAAACAACACUACUAGUCGAACAAUACCCUAUACCUUGUGCGGUUGUGUGAGUGCAGCCUGUUGAAAUCCUUGCUUAGUGUAUACUAAGUUGAUCUUCAGUAUAUGAAGAAAACUGCCUGCAAAUAUAGGCGUGCCAGUUCAAGUCCCAGCUGCUCCACCUCCCCUUCCAGCUCCCUGAUAAGGGUCUGGGAAAAGCAUAACAUUGCCCCAUCACCUGAGUCCCUGCCAAGCAAAGAAGGAUGAAGCUCCUGACUUCAGUGUGCUGUGGCCACUUGGGGAGUGAACCGGUGGACGGAAGGCUGGGUUUCUGUUGCCUGUCAUGUCCUCUUUUGAAGAUGCUGACACAGAAGAGACGGUAACUUGUCUUCAGAUGACUGUUUACCAUCCUGCCCAGUUUCAAAGUGGAAUAUUUCAAGCAAUAGACUUCAAUAAAAGAGAUAAACUGCCCUCCAGCGAAGUGGUAAAAUUUGGCCGAAAUUCCAAGGUCUGUCAUUAUACUUUUCAGGACAAACAGGCUUCCCGAGUUCAGUUUUCUCUGCAGCUGUUUAAGCAGUUCAACAGCUCAGUUCUCUCUUUUGAAAUUAAAAAUAUGAGUCGGAAGACCAGUCUGAUUGUGGACAGUCAGGAGCUAGGCUACCUAAACAAACUGGACCUGCCAUACAAAUGCAUGGUCAGAUUCAGCGAGUAUCAGUUCCUGAUGGAGAAGGAAGAUGGAGAGGCAUUGGAUUCAUUCGAGACUCAGUUUAUUUUGUCUCCAAGACCACUUUUGCAAGAAAACAUCUGGCCACCACACAAGCCCAUCCCUGAGUAUGGCAUUUACUCAUCCUGCUCCGCCCAAAGCACUUCUCCUACAGAAAUGGAUGAAGAUGAGCUAUAAACACAGAGGGCCUCAGAGGAGAGGCGGGAAGGGGGAAGAGCUCUGUAGACACCUGAUGGACAUUCAGCAUAGUCUGUCAGUGUUGUGUAUUAUAGUCACCUGUUAUGCUGUCACACUUACAAUUUGGAAUUAUGAAUUCGAAGUGUGUAAUGUCUGUGAGUCAUCAGCGUCAUCACCUGUGCCAUUCCCAAUCUGUGAGAAUUACUUUAGGUAUACAUCUGUGAGGGUUAAUGUAUUAAAAACAUCCUUUGUGAUGACAUAGUUGUUCUCCAAAUAAGAUUCUAUUAUUGUCUUUUUGUGCUUGAUUUUAGUCUUUUAUCUGGUUGGUCACAACAUUUCACAGCAGCCAUUUGUCUUCAAGGUCAAGGUUCCAGAAAGGUUGGUGCUUGUUAUUAUGAGAAUGGGUUCUAGAGUACUGCCUGUGCAUCACUGUGCUUACAUAUGGAAGACUGAUUUGAGAAAGCAUAGUUUUCUGUGGUUCUCUAAGGAUUACAGUGUUCAUCCCUAAAAUGAAAGUUUUCCUGCCUAUGUUCAGCAUCUAAAUACAUGUAUACAUUUUAAAGAAAUACUGUUUUAGAAUUAUUUUCUCACCAAAUCUGAAGUUUGAUUUUUAUGUAGUUGACAGUUUUUAAAUUGCAUAAAUUCAAAAUUUUAGUAGCAUUCAUGGAUAUAAUCAAGUCAAAUUUCAUUGCCUAACCACUUCUUUGAAAUUCUUUCUGGAGGGGAAAAACUGUUCUUAGGCCACUCUAUGUAAGUAAAUAUAUGUGAACAUUUAUAAUGAAUGCUUAAAUAUUUCUAAAUUUUGGGCUUCAAAAAGAAUUGUCUUUAUUUAAGAUUCUUAUUCAGAAUUCUUAUAUUUAAGAUUCUUAUUCAUUUUAACUAAAAAGUGAAGGUCAAAUAAAUAAAACUGGUCACUCUUUGGUAGCUAAAUUCUGAAUAAAACUGGUCACUCUUUGGUAGCUAAAUUCUGACAUUGUGAAAAAGUCAGAUUUCCCAAACCAGGCUGGCAUUGUCAGGGUUUUUUGUUUUUGUUUUUUUUCUCUUCAUACUAUUUAUUGAAGUCCUUUACUUAGUAUAAGGUUAACUAUAUGAUCAUUAAGGGAACUGAAAAUAGAUGUUUGUAAAAAUCAAAGAGUCAAAAUGUGAGAGGGAGGAGGAGGAAGGGCUGGAGCAUGGGCAUGAGGGGGGUGGGGUGGGGGUGAGGGGGAAGUGUCACUGUGUUCCUGAAUCUGUAUAUAUGAAAUACGUGAAACUUGUAUAACUUAAAUAAAAUUUUAAAAAGAAACAACAGUUAAAAAGUGUAAAUGAAAUUUCUGGGGGUGGUGAGGGAAAUAAUUAUAUUUCCAUAACAGCCUUUUCAAAGGUAUUUUAAAAAACUUUCCAGCCUCUUAGCAAGUGAAUGUUAACCUUUUCAAGCCUUCUGUUGAUUAGACCAUCGGUUGGUCAGUGCUGGGCUGUUUGUAGUAUGUGACGUCCAGCACCUUGACCCCCGUUCCCCAGCCCUGGAGCUCUUCCAGUAGUUGAAGUACUUGUCCCUACACAAAAUGGCCUGCAUGACUAUUUCAGUUCCCAUGUCUAGUUUUUCUGCUUUCUCUCUGUGCUACGUGGAGCCAUGUCCAGCACAAAGAUGGCUAGCUGUCCAUGUGCUAAUCUUGGGAGUGUGUUCACCUUGCAGAAGGGAAUUAAAGCUGCAAGUAGAAUUAGGGUUACUGAUCAGGUACCUUUUCAAACAGAUUAUCUUGGAUUAUCUGGGUGGGCCCAGUUAAUUACAGGGUCCUUCAGAGUGGAAGAGAGGCAAUACAAGAGGUCAGAAUGAUGCAGUGUGAGAGGAAUUUGUUCUGCUCUUGCUGGCUUUGAGAUGGCGGAAAGAGGCCAUGAUCCCAAGAAUGGCAGCAGCCUCUUGAAGAGCUGGGAUACCUGCACUGGCCAUGCAGAAGCUAGGAAAGACAAAGAAACUUAGAAUAAAAGAAACUUUGAAUGAAAUUCUGGGGACACUUGGAUUUUACUCUAGUAAGACCUGUGACUUCUUACCUACAGAACUUUAUAAUGGUAAAAUUGUGCUUUUUAAAUGAUUUAUUUAUUUGAGAGGUAGUUAUAGACAGGGUGGGAGAGACAGAAAGGGCUUCCAUCCACUGGUUCACUCCCCAAAUGGCCGCAGUGGCUGGAGCUGGGCUGAUCUGAAGCCAGGAACCUCUUCCAGGUCUCCCAGUUUACCACACAGUGCAGGGGUUCGAACCGGUGCCCAUAUGGGAUGCAGGCACUGCAGGCAAGGGCUUAACCCACUAGACCACACCAUUUGUGCUGUUUUAAGCUACCAACUUGUUACAGUAGCAGAUAGGAAAUAUGCUGUCUUCAUGGUUCUGUCAAUCAGUUGCCUUUAUUGUCCAGUUUUUUUUUUUUUUUUUUUAAAUUUUUGACAGGCAGAGUGGACAGUGAGAGAGACAGAGAGAGAAAGGUCUUCCUUUGCCGUUGGUUCACCCUCCAAUGGCCGCCGCUGCAGCCGGCGCACCGUGCUGAUCCGAUGGCAGGAGCCAGGAUCCAGGUGCUUUUCCUGGUCUCCCAUGGGGUGCAGGGCCCAAGCACCUGGGCCAUCCUCCACUGCACUCCCUGGCCAUAGCAGAGAGCUGGCCUGGAAGAGGGGCAACCGGGACAGAAUCCGGCGCCCCAACCGGGACUAGAACCUGGUGUGCCGGCGCCGCAAGGUGGAGGAUUAGCCUAUUGAGCCACGGCGCCAGCUUUAUUGUCCAGUUUUUCUGUAGGGUUAUAGCUUCCUCUCACGUGGAUUUACAAACUCAGUGAUUCAGCUUGUUAGAAUUGUUUCCCACAGGCCGGCGCCUUGGCUCACUUGACUAAUCCUCUGCCUACGGCACCAGCACCCUAGGUUCUAGUCCCGGUUGCUCCUCUUCCAGUCCAGCUCUCUGCUGUGGCCCGGAAGGGCAGUGGAGGAUGGCCCAAGUGCUUGGGCCCCUGCACUCGCAUGGGAGAGGAGGAAGCACCCGGCUCCUGGCUUCGGAUCAGCGCAGCGCUGGUCAUAGCAGCCAUUAGAGGAGUGAACCAACGGAAGGAAGAGCUUUCUGUCUCUCACUGUCUAUAACUCUACCUGUCAAAAAAAAAAAAAAAAAAGAAUUGCUUCCCACAGAUAGUACCUUGCAGACUGCUUGUAGGUAUACUCGUACUUUCAUGUGUAUAUACUGUCAUAUUUUAACCAUUUUGUAGGACUUUUUCCACUUCUGUUUCUUGUGUUUGAGUCUGAUAGAAGAGUUUCUAGAUUAUAAAGUUGUUUUUUUUUUGACAGACAGAGUUAGACAGUGAGACAGAGACAGAGGAAGGUCUUCCUUCUGUUGGUUCAUCCCCCCAAGUGAAUUUAUAUAUCGAUAUUACUGAACCCAUACAAAUGUAUUAUUAGUACAUAGCCCUAGGAAAACAUCAUGUUCAUAUAAAAUAGCUGGUGAUUUCUUUAAAUGAACAUCCUGGAAGUUUUUGUUCAACUUGGGAAAUAUAUUUUUAUUUUUUAUCUAUUUUUUUUUCCUUAAAAGAUCAGUAAAUGAGAGUUGGCUAUUAUAUAACUUACCUUUGUUCUCCAAAGAACAGAAACACUUUUCAUAGCCCAAUUCCAGAGACAAUAACAGGAGCAAGAGGGUACUAGGAUUGUUUUGAUGACCAAGUAUGGACGCUCUACCACAACUACCCAAGCACAGAGCGGGUAGAGGAGUGCUGGAGCAUCACAGAACCCCUGGAAGCAAAGAGCAGACUGCAGACAGGGUUCAGACACCUCCAGCUCUGCCCCUCCAUGCAUUCUGGCUGCAUUUUCCAUUGUUCUGAAUUCUAUGUGCUAGCUCACUGCACCCAAAAGAAACUGAGACCUUGGAAUUCUAAUUCCAAGGAAAGGUGGGCUUGGGUCAUUCAUUCACUCACCUCAGUCACGUAAUGUGAUGGUUGCUCUGGUCAGUGGUAUCAUAGAUAGAAAAUACAUUUUGUCAAAAUGGCUACACUAGAGUAGGAAUGAGGGCAAACAAAAUUGCUGUUUGAUACUAGCUACCGUAGGUAAGUUGGGAAAACUUUAGUACAUACCUUAAGGAUGUAUUUGUCCCAGGAAAUUGAUUUUUCUUGGGCUGUUUAAGUAGAGGAGUCUACUAGUCAAUGUCAAUGUUACAACCAUUGGCAGUUUUUUUCCUAAAUGUGCAACUUCAUGAUGUGAUUGUGCUUUCCAGUGGUGAAAUCUCAUGUGCCAAAUGAUUACAGAGCCAUUUUAGAGGAACUACGGUAAUGCACUGAUUGAUUUAUAAAAGCUUUACGAUUUCUGACUAACAUGAAUGGCGUUUGUUCCAAUGAAGGUAAGAUGGAGAUUACCUCAAAAUAUUCAUGAAAAAACAAGACUUAAGAGAUUUUGGUGCAAAAUUUUAUAUCUCUGCAGAGUAUUUUCAUAGCAUGUAUUUUGAUGAAUUUUUUAAAGACUCAACAACAUGUGUUCACUUAAGGUCUACUUGAAUCUAUGAGCAGGGCAGCACUGCCACCUGCAUUGCGGGCAUCCCAUAUGGGCAAUGGUUCGAGAACCGGUUGCUCCACUUCUGAUCCAGCUUUCUGCUAUGGCCUGGGAAAGCAGUAGAAGAUGGCCCGAGUCCUUGGGCCCCUGCACUCAUGUGGGAGACCUGGAAGAAGCUCCUGGCUCCUGACCGGCACAGCUCCGUUUGGAGAGCCACCAUUUGGAGAGCGAACCAGCAGAUGGAAGAUAACUUUCUACCUCUGCCUCUCUAAUUCUGCCUUUCAAAUAAAUAAAUAGCUCUCAAAAUAA